AUCAUGGGUAGAUAAGAUGCAAGAAGAUCUCGUAACAUUAGCACGAACUGCAAGCGGAGUGGACCAGCUUGCUGCGAUUUAUUUGAAAAACAGGGAUUUGUAUACUGUAGAAGCCAACAACCCUCGUCAGCUAGUGGAAAUUGCAGCCAGAGACAUUGAAAAACUUCUGAGUAACAGGUCUAAAGCCUUGGUGCGCCUUGCUAAAGAAGCAGAGAAGUACCAAGCAUCACAUCAGUGGAGGGAUGAAUUUGGGAAUAAUGAUAUAAUCUAUUACAAUGCAAAAGAUGAUCAGAAUGAUCCUGAAAAGAAUGACACUGAAUCUGGCAGCCAGAGAAUCAGACCAGUAUUUGAAGAAGAUCCUGUUUUCCGGCGGCAAACAUCUUACCAACAUGCAGCAGUCCACAUACCAACAGAUAUUUAUGAAGGCUCAACGAUAGUGUUAAAUGAACUCAAUUGGACUGCAGCGUUGGAUGAUGUAUUCAAGCGGAACAGAGAAGAAGACCCCACUUUAUUAUGGCAGGUUUUUGGUAGUGCAACUGGCCUCGCUAGGUAUUACCCAGCUUCCCCAUGGGUAGACAAAAGUCGAACUCCAAACAAAAUAGAUCUGUAUGACGUUCGCAGAAGACCAUGGUAUAUCCAAGGAGCUGCAUCUCCUAAAGACAUGCUUAUUUUAGUUGAUGCGAGCGGGAGUGUCAGUGGAUUGACAUUGAAGCUGAUCCGCACCUCAGUCAUUGAGAUGUUAGAGACCUUGUCUGACGAUGACUUUGUGAAUGUAGUUUCAUUUAACAAUAAUGCUCAGAACGUCAGUUGCUUUAAUCACCUUGUCCAAGCUAACGUGAGGAACAAGAAGAAGCUGAAAGAAGCUGUCUAUAAAAUCUCUGCUAAAGGAAUUACAGAUUACAAGAAAGGCUUUAGCUAUGCUUUUGAACAGCUGCUAAAUCACAGUGUCUCUAGAGCUAACUGCAAUAAGAUUAUUAUGCUGUUUACGGAUGGUGGUGAAGAAAGAGCACAAGAAAUUUUCCAUAAAUAUAAUGAAGACAAAAAAGUACGCGUGUUCACAUUUUCUGUUGGUCAACAUAAUUAUGACAAAGGACCUAUACAGUGGAUGGCCUGUGAAAAUAAAGGUUAUUAUUAUGAAAUUCCAUCCAUUGGAGCCAUAAGAAUAAACACCCAGGAAUAUCUGGAUGUUUUGGGAAGACCAAUGGUUUUAGCUGGAGAGAAAGCCAAACAAGUCCAAUGGACAAAUGUCUAUCUGGAUGCUCUGGAGCUGGGCCUUGUGAUUACAGGAACUCUACCUGUCUUCAAUCUAACAAAGGAACAAAAUGGGAAAAUAAAUCAGCUGAUUCUUGGAGUAAUGGGGGUUGAUGUCUCUUUGGAGGACAUAAAAAAACUGACACCCCGAUUUACGCUUUGUCCAAACGGAUACUAUUUUGCAAUUGAUCCUAAUGGGUAUGUGCUACUUCAUCCAAAUCUCCAACCAAAGCAAAUUGGUGUGGGCAUACCAAAAGUUAAAUUGAGAAAAAGGAGACCCAAUGUACAGAAUCCUAAAUCCCAGGAGCCUGUUACGCUGGAUUUUCUAGAUGCUGAAUUGGAAAAUGAUAUUAAAGUUGAGAUUCGGAAAAAAAUGAUAGAUGGAGAAAGUGGAGAAAAAACAUUUGAAACGCUGGUCAAGUCCCAAGAUGAGAGAUAUAUUGAUAAAGGAAACAGAACAUAUACAUGGACUGCUGUGAAUGGCACUGAUUACAGUUUGGCAUUGGUGUUACCAUCAUACAGCUUUUAUUAUAUUAAAGCCAAAAUAGAAGAACCAAUAACUCAAGCCAGAUAUUCAGAAACACUGAAGCUUGAUCAUUUUGAUGAAGCUGGCUACACGUUUAUAGCACCAAGAGAAUACUGUAAUGAUGUAAAAAAAUCAGAAAACAACACUGAAUUUCUAUUAAAUUUCAAUGAAUUUAUUGACAGAAAUACUCCAAGCAGUCCGUCAUGUAAUACUGAUAUGGUCAUUAGAGUUUUGCUGGAUGCAGGAUUUACAAAUGAACUUGCCCAAAAUUAUUGGAGUAAACUGUCUCUUGAUGGUGUUGUUGCACAAUUUGUUGUUACGGAUGGUGGAAUUACUAGAGUGUUCCCAAAAAGGGCAGGAGAAGAUUGGUUGGAAAAUGCCGAAACUUAUGAAGUCAGCUUCUAUAAACGGAGUUUAGAUAAUGACAACUAUAUUUUCACAGCUCCAUACUACAACAAAAGUGGUGCCAAUAGCUAUGAAACUGGUAUUAUGGUAAGCAAGGCUGUGGAAAUAACAAUUAAUGGGAAGCUUCUGAAACCAGCAGUUGUUGGAAUAAAAAUUGAUGCAACCAGCUGGAUGGAAAAUUUCACAAAAACCACAAUCAAGAGCCUGUGCAACAGUGAAAUCUGUGGCUGUGAGAGAAACAGUAUGCAUGUGGACUGUGUUAUCCUUGAUGAUGGUGGAUUUCUUUUGAUGUCAAAUCGGGAUGAAUAUACACAACAGAUUGGAAGAUUCUUUGGUGAAAUUGAUCCUGGCCUGAUGCGAAACCUGAUUAACAUGUCCCUGUAUGCCUUUAACAAGUCGUAUGACUAUCAAUCGGUCUGUGAUCCCGAAGAAGAACCAAAGCAAGGAGCUGGACUUCGUUCUGCUUAUGUGCCAACAAUAACAGAUAUUUUGCAUCUAGGAUGGUGGGCUUCGGCAGCUGCCUGGUCUAUCUUACAGCAGCUGUUUUUGAGCUUGACUUUUCCACGUUUCCUUGAAGCAGCUGAUAUGGAAGAUGAUGAUUUCAGUGCUGCCCUGCCUAAAACGAGCUGUAUCACUGAGCAAACUCAGUAUUUCUUUGAAAAUGAUGAUAAAUCCUUUGGUGGGAUUGUAGACUGUAUAAACUGCUCCAGACUUUAUCAUGCAGAGAAGAUUUCAAACACCAAUCUAGUAUUCAUUAUCAGUGACAGCCAACUGCUGUGCCGCUCCUGUGACCCAAAGCCACUGAUGCAAGCGGAGAAGCCGGAUGAAGGGCCAAAUCCUUGUGAAAUGGUCAAACAACCCAGAUACAGAAAGGGUCCUGAUGUCUGUUUUGAUGAAGCCAAACAGGAAGAUUCGGCUGACUGCGGUGGUGUCUCUGGUCUGAGUCCAUCACUGUGGUCUAUGGUAGGAAUUCAGUUGGUCCUGCUUUGGCUGUUAUCUGGCAGCAGACACUGCCAGUUAUGACCUUGCUAAACCAAAACCUGCAUAACUUAAUCAAGACCUGGCCAAAACGAUAGCCUCAGUUUCAUUUUAAAAAGGGUCAGCUAUUCAGACAGCAGCAGAACAGCAGUGCUCAUGUCUGGUUAUCACUCGUUGUAAGACUCAUAAAGGCACCCACAGUGGCUGCAUGUUGGAGUGUCGGAUCCUUAAACGUGUGUGAAUGCUGCAUCAUCUAUGCCAUCCGAACAGAAUUCUGUACGUGCUCCAUUGGGGAAUCUAAGAUUAUUACUUUUUUUUCGUUUGUUUGUUGUUGUAAUCUUGAUGACUUCAUGUAAAAGGGCUCCCCUGACAAUAGGUUAUGUAUAUGAUUUUCAUUUCUUUUAACCUUUGGACAUCUUGAAGAUUUAUAUUCUUUUACAUGAACAGUUAUUUAAAAAAAAAAAAAAAAAAAAAAAGAAAACGUACUCCCCAAUAUACAUUACUAGCACCAUGAUGGGUGCUUUGAACAUCAGUUUUGUCCAAACUACUUGAGUAAAAUGAAAAUAUUGGCUAGUCUUCAUCAGAAGUUCAACAUGAUUGAAAUGCUUUAUGAUGAGUGGUUUAUUCUUCCAAAAUGAAUCAUGUAGCCAGCUAGGUUUUGGAAGGUUGAUAAAUUGUUAGUUUGAAGGAAGGAAGGAAACAAACUUCUGUUUUUAAAAAUAUAAAGGUGCUUGAGAGUUUAACUAAAAAGUGAUUCUCAUCUUAAACUUGGUGUCAUCUUUUGUCAGAAAAAUGUUAAUUUCAAUGUAAUAUUCACCUCCUUUUCACAAUGCAGUUAUAUAUAAAGCUAGUAGAAUCCUUCAAAGGCUCAAACAAAAACGCUUGUGAAUAAAAAAUGUCUUUGUGAUAUUUGAACGUUGGUUUCCAAGGGUAUUUUGCAUGAUGAUGAUGCUAUGUUAUUGUUUUUCAGUUUGUUUUCUUUGAUGGUAGAGUAUAGUCCAUUGAAAAGGUAACUGAGUGAUUCUUUUGUGUGAGAAACUGAACAUUGCAAUGUGUUGCAAUCAAAUCAUAUUAAAUUAUAUUAUGAAACAGAGCUCUGAAUAUACUGUGCAAUGAAAAGCUGAGAAAAUAGGGUAAAUUUAGCUAUUGUAACAAAAGGGUUGAGUUGGAUUUUUUACAGAAUAGUGAUCUCACAUGAAAACCUGUGUACAGAUAUUUUAAGUAUAUAAAAAUCAGAUUUAACACAUUUAUUUUUGGAAGUAUAUGUUCUCUAAGGUUCAUAUCAGGUUCCCCCUUUGUUUCCUUCAUAUAAGCACCCAUAAUAUUAAAACUUUUGCUGUUGCUAUUUAUUAUUGAAAAUAGCAUACUUAACAGCAAAAUGUCCUGGUUGCUGAGAUUAGAAAAAAUCUAAACAAAUGGGGAGCCUUGAAUCUAUAUGUAUGCACAUUGAUACUUGAUUGUGAAUAAUAAUUUUAGAAGUUGUUUUUAUACAACCUCAUUGGUGAUACAGAUUGGUGCAGUAAAUUACAAUAUUAAAGUGUAGCAUAGUGUUGAUGCAAAAUAUGAUUUGUGCUUUUUUUCUAGUUUUCAGAACUAAACAGUAUUGCAAGACAGCUAAACCAAUCAAUGUGCAACUCCGCUGGUAUUGUACAAUUCUGCUAACCACUGCAAUAUGCAAAUAUUAACAUGGCACAAUACUCUAGCUCUUUAAAAAAAUAAGAAAAUGCAAAGCAUUGGUAUGUAUAUGCUGGCAAUUGAUUGGUAUAAUUUUGAUCAUGCCAAAAGCUUAAAGAAAUAAUUGGGCAUGCAUUAAUAUCCUAUGAAAACUGAAGAAGCUACUCAAAGCCAUGGCAUGGCUUAAAAGAUCAGUUGUCUACUGUAGUUGUACCCAUGGCUGGUUCGUUGUUUUUCUCAUGUACCUUGGCUCCAGCUAUGUAUUUUCUCAUGUUUGGGAAUACAGUGAGUGAAAACAAUAAAACCUGACCUUUUGUUCAGCGAUCAGAUUUAGCUUUUUAAAAAAAUAUCUCUAGUAAAGUCAUGGGGUUAAAAGUACGAUCAACUGUGUUGGAUGACUUCAGGUCUUCCUCAGGGAAGGUGAGCUAAUUUUGAUAAUACGGGUGAAGGUAAUCUUGGAGCUCUUCCUUCCAGUCAUAUUACUGCACUUCUCUUCACCCUAUCACCAGUUACCACCUGAUAAAAAAUUGGUUUGAGUCUUUCUAAUGCUGAGACUGCAUCCUGUAUUUUUCCUUAACGUGGUCAAUUGAAAUUUUAUGGGAGAAAAAAGUUUUGUAGGAUUAGGCCAAUACUUAUUACACUCAUAGCUUUUACUCUAAGAUUACUUAAAAUGCAUAUUAGUUGCAUUUUGCUUUUUUACUUUCUUGAAAGAUUGUCAGUAUAUUAAGUUCUUUAUAGUUUUCACUUAGCUUCCCAAAAGAAACCCUUCAUGGAAAAGUUACAUUAUUUAACAUUUUGGAACAAUUUGCUUAUGCUGGUAGGCCAUAUUUUGAGCUACUUAAUAAACAUUCGAUUAGAGUCUGUAGGCAGAAAGAAAGAUGGCACAAAGCCAUGCUGCCACAGAAAAACAAACGUGGCUUUUGCUCUCAUCCCACUUCCCUUAGUGCUCAAAUACAAAAGGAGGGAGAAGGCCAUGCCAUGCAGACACAUUAGCCUUCUUGGGUUAUCUGCAGAGGGAAAUGUCCUUUGUUCCUCUCCUCUGUCCCUCUCUAUGACCUGAAGAAACACGUUUCUGUAUAAACACUUAGCCUUCCAGCCAUUAUACCCGUCUCAUAGAAAACUCAGGAGCUGGCCCUCCCAGAAGGGCUUAGUACUGUCCCCAUAGAACUCAAUACUUUAAAAAAGAAAAAAAUGAAAUUUUGGCUUCUUUUUGCAGAAAGCAAUAUAUAUUUUGAUUAUAUCCAAGUGAUGGUCAAGAUUUUUUAAAAUGCACUACCUAGAUAUCUGCAAAUUACAAAACACAAAUAGAAAAUGCAAUGUGAACUUUAGCUAUCUCAAAAUGUGAAUACCAGUCUGUUAGAAAUAACUUGCAUGAAUAAAUACAUAUUCUCAUGCAGAAGAGUAUCCUUAGUCUCACAUAAUGCAUAAUAGUAAUCUUCUCUUGUCUGUGAGAGAAGAAACUUGAUCCUAGGCUUUAAAUUGAGACAUUUUCAAAUUACAAUAUGUUGUAAAAAGUUUGUUGUUUUUUUUUUUAAAGCCAGUUAAAAAGCUGUGUUGAUAUUUGCUCAGAUCCUUUAAAUAGCACUAAGGGAACUGUUGGGACUGUUUCAGUUUACACAGAAGUCAUGCAGCCUACUGUAUGUCUGACAAAUAACCACCAUUACAGUUGUUACAGCAUGGUACUGUGCAAAACAUGAUCUGAGGACUUAACAUGAAAGGUUUCUUUCUAGUUUUUCAUUUAAACAACCAGCAUUACUGCCAAAACACUGACUGUGGUCCAUAUUUGUAACAGGUUUUUAACACGACAUAGCAGGUUUAAUUGACAAGAUUUUUAGGUCCUAUACCUUUAAGACUUUAGUAUGAUCUUUUUCAUGUUUCUAAUGCUUGAGGCUUUACUGCUUAACUUGACAAAAAACAGUGUUGCUGCCAUUUAUAAGUUUUCCUAUAAUAUUCCUUUUACUAACUUAAAAACUGGCCUUACUGGGUUCAAAUAGGCAGUAUCCCUUUUAAGUGACCUUUGCAACCCAAGUGUUACUUGCUGUGGUUUUUCGGUAUCACUGAAGAGACAUUAAGACCUUUUGUUCCCAUUAACACUUAAGCUCAGAAAACGUGCUUAGUAUGUCUUAAUUUCAAAACACCACCUCAGUCCCACCGGUCCUAAAAAGUCAGAUGCUAGCACACUGGUUAUUAAGAAGUAUAUUAAUGCCUACAAGGCACUGCAAUGCACUCGGGUGUUUUCGGAAUGUUGACUGAAGGUGAAAUCUUAAUAACUCCUUCCUUAGGAUAAAUUUUAUCCUAGCUUCAUCAGACAUCCAAGCCUUUAACAAAGGCCAGAUUUUUCUUUUUUUUUCAAACCACAAUGUUAAUAUUGUUAAUACGCAUUGUACACUACUGUAAAAAGAUUAAAACAAAGUGUCUGAAAACAAUUCAAGAGUUUUGAAAAGUUAGCCUCACCCUCUUCCCAGCUACUUGCAUCUGUCCUGUUUAUGGUUUAAAACAAAAACAUCAUCUUGAAGAAAUAAUUUCACUGAGGCUAAAGGGAUACUGUCUUGUUCAGAUGCCAUGAAAUUGCGAUUGUGAUCUGACAAAGCUGUCUUCUCUUCUUGUGUUGUAUGGAAUGUCUGGAUCAUGCUUUCUGGGAUAUUUUUAUUGAAAUGCUCAGUGUGCGUUUCUGCAAAAAAAGGCUUGAUUGCUCUUACAAGGCAAGCAGGUCUUUCUCCCUUUUCUUGUGUUCUCUUGACACUUUUGUGGAACUUGACAAGCCUGGAAAAAUAAUUUUUUUGUAAAAAUUUGUACAAUAAUGUUAUAAAAAGUUUAUAAUCCUAGAACUGUUGUGCUAAUUCUUGUGCAAAAACAGUAUAUUCAGAAUAAAAGUUUAUCAUUUAAAAUCAA